AGUGUAUGAUUCCAGAUAUCAGAGUAUUCCUUAAAAGGUAAUAACUAAAAUACUAAAGUAUGAUUGGCAGCUAGAGUUCAGGGAUGCAUAUAAAAGGAGACAGGGACCUAGGAUCUCUAUAACACUCUGCAGCAUUAUCUGUAUGACUGUUGACCUUUCUUGCAAGAAAUAACAUACUUAAAAGACCGUUUUUGAAUCAUUAUUUAAAACUGCCACAACAAUUUGGUGUCAGAAGUGGGAUCCCUUGAUUGGACCUUGCACGCUUAGAACAGACGCUGACUGAUCAUCCAGAAACUAUUGUCAUUCCAGCCCUACGCUGACCAGCACUUCGAUCAUCGAAAGAACUCAGUGGCAAUAAACUACGGUUAAUAGGCUUUUUAACCAACUGAAGCAUCAUGGCGUGUGAAAAUGACUACUCCACCAUCAUGUCUGGUCUGAGUGAGCUUGACCUCCAAGGAAAUGCAGUGCCAAGUGAUCUUGUGCUGAUCGGUGACCACGCCUUUCCACUUGCCAUGAAUCCAAGAGGUCAAGUUCUGAUGGCUGCAUCUCGUUACGGUCAGGGACGUGUGGUGGUUUUGGGACAUGAAGAGUACUUGACCCGUUUCCCCGACCUAAUAAAUAAUGCCCUGAUGUGGCUCAUGCCAUUUACCAGGGAUGCCAGCAUUGUAGGGAUUCAGAAAGGUUUGGGUUCAGUAGCUGACAACUUGUACAAUUCGCCUAUCAGCACCGAGCUUGGAGGUUUUCGAAAAGGCCAGGAUGUAUAUAUCACAGAUGCUUACAGCGUUGAUGCUUGUGCAAAAAAUGUGAUUGAUUUUCUUAAAGCUGGUGGUGGUUUGAUUAUUGCUGGCCAAGCUUGGAGUUGGGCUGAGGCUCAUCCGCAAGAAAAUGUUUUUCUGAACUUCCCUGGAAACAAGGUGUGCAGCGUCGCAGGAAUUUACUUUUCGGAACACCAGGGAGAACUUGGCGUAAUCCCUGUGCCUUCUAAAAUACCUUCUAGUUGGCAUGCUGUAUCAAUAAUGAAGGAUUUUAAGAAUGACCUAGAAUUCCUGCUGAAAGGUGUGCCUCAGUUUGACAUCAAGUGCGCAGAUGGCAGUGUGGCAUCUAACCUAAUGGUGCAUGGACCAUUGGCAUUUCCUAUUGGAGUCACUCCAGCUGGGCAAACAUUUAUUGGUGGCGCCUACUAUGGACAAGGACGGGUAAUUGUGUUAACUCAUGAAAUCUACCUGAGCCGUGAAUCUCUGUCCACUUUCCUGAUUAAUGCUAUCAACUGGCUGAGUCAGGGACGUAAAGGCGUUAUUGGGAUCGUUCCCAAACUCGCAAGGGCACAAAAGCUACUGAGCAAAUCCGGUUUGAACUGCCAGUUAACUAACUUCCGAGAAGAUCUCGGUGUCCAUGUCUGCACUUCUUACAGUGAUGCCCAGUGUAAAAAGAUUCAAGAAUUUGUGGCAGAAGGUAGUGGUCUUCUGAUCGGAGGUCAUGCCUGGCAUUGGGCCUAUAGCAACCAUGGCCGCAAUGUGAUGACUGAAUACCCAGGAAAUCGCAUUCUUAACCAGAUGGGACUGAGUAUUUUGGGCGACACUGUGAAGGGAGGAUUAUACAAAGCCCCAGAAAUCAAUCAGGUGUACCACUUUCGUAAUGUACUGGGACACUUUGGGAAGCAUGUAACUAAGGGGCAGAAACUAACUCCCCAUGUAGAAGGUUCCCUGAAACAACUUGGCAAUGAUUGUACCAGAUACCUUCGUAUGCGUACACAUGACUGUGCUUCUUAUAAUUCAGUGGUUACUCUUUUAACCGACAUGGUGAAGGAGAUUGGUGUUCCACAGGUUAGUAGUAAGUGUCCUGUUAAAACUCCCAAAGACUUCCUGAUGCUCCAAAUUGGGACUGAACUUUACAAAACCAUGUCUGACCCUGAUGCCCUCCUGCCAUACAUCAUUAAGGAUAUACCUGACCUGCCCACUGUGACUGAUGCAAGAGUUUAUAUCAGCACCAACACUAGUGGCACUGAAGAAUGGAUAAGCACAGGCUUGUAUCUUUCUCCUGGUAUGAGGACACACAUGGUAAUACCUCCAGAGCUCAUCAGAAAAAACUGGAAGGUCCAGAUUGGUUGUCAGACGGAUAACAUUGGGGCUGCAGAUGUUUUGAAAAGAGCUCCUGUGGUCCAUGAGCGAUUCUCGUUGGACAAUGAAAUGGUCCAAAUCUGUAAUCUAUGGGGAGGGCUCAUCUACCUAGUUGCACCUCCCAAAACCAAAGUGGAUGGGGUGGAAAUUAUGGUGCAGACCGCAGUAAAGGCUCCAUACUUCAAGUCUGGAGAGACCAGUGUAGCUGACUGGGUUGGUGGGAUCCGUCAGGCGCCAGCCCCCUGGGCGGAGCUUGAGUUUGAGAACAUCAUCAUCACAUUAGAUUCAAAUGUGAUACGGACUCUGGAUCGUCCUGAUGAGGUGGCCAAAAGUUGGGAUUCAAUAAUGAGAGGCAUAGCUGACCUGGCAGCAAUACCUCAUAAGUUCCCCCGCAAGGAGCGAUUUGUUGCAGAUAUUCAGAUCUCUGCCGGCUUUAUGCAUUCUGGAUAUCCCAUCAUGAUGCACUCCACCUCCGCCUCAGGCCUGAUGAAUCCAAAGAAAGCCAAUAGACGUGAUUUGUGGGGAUUUAUGCAUGAGCUUGGUCAUAACCAGCAGCGUGGAGUUUGGGAGUUUCGUCCACACACAACUGAGUGCACCUGCAACCUGUGGUCAGUGUAUGUGCAUGAGGAGGUGCUUGGUAUCGACCGGGCUACUGCUCACCCAGACAUGACCCAAAAAAAUCGUCACAAUCGCACCAGAGAUUAUGUCAAAGGUGGCAGGGAUUUAAAAAAAUGGGCCAUGUGGACAGCACUGGAGACUUAUAUGCAGCUUCAAGACAAAUUUGGCUGGGAUGCUUUUAAGAAGGUUUUUGCUGCCUAUCAUGACAUGACUGGAGUGCCCAAUAACAAUUCAGGCAAGAUGAAUCUGUACGCUGAGACCUUCUCCAAGGUGGUGAACAUGAAUCUGUCGUCCUUCUUCAAAGCCUGGGGUUGGCCGAUUGAGCCCAGCACUGAACAGAAGAUCUCUCAUCUUCCCGAGUGGAGCGAUCAUCCUAUGAAGCAGUAUGAAUAAGACACAUGAGAGAGCUGUGAAAUUACACUUUGUGUUGAAAUUAAGAUGUAAUAGUAGGGUUGCCACCCAUGCCUGAUAAAAAACCUGGACAUAUCGAUGACCCGGCCAAUUGGUUUGCUCACA